AUGACACCGGGGGCAGGAAGAGCCAGAAAUGAAGCAACAACUAAGACAGAUUGGGAAGAUAUACUAAAUAAAUUGCCUGCACAUAAGAUAUAUGAUGAAUUCAAGAAAGUAGAUAAUAUAAAUAACUAUAGUAGUGUUUGUAAUUUGGAAUCACCAUUAAAAGAUAAAUAUAAAAAUUUUGAGGAUUUAUGUAAAAAAUUUGCUUAUCACUUAGAUUAUAUAUUUUCAAAUAAGUAUGAAGAAAAAAAUGUGGAAUACUGUAUAUUGCUGAAAUAUUGGAUCUAUGAUGAAAUAAAGAAAUUUAAUGAAAAUGGCAAAAAGGACAUUGAUGUCUUUGUACUUACUGAAAAACUAAGAAAAUUGCAAUAUACUAUUAAAAAUGAAGAAUCAGUUAUAUUUGAUUGUUACGAUGAUUAUAAUGAUUAUAAGAAUAAUUGGGAAGUAGAGAAAGAUUUAGCUGAAUAUUUUAUAAAUUUCCAUGAAAUUGAAAAGAGGAAUAAUAUUGUUACUGAGGAAAAAACCAAAUAUAUUAAGUAUCUGGAACAUAUUAAGACAUUAUACGAAGAGAAGAAAAAUAAAGAACAUUGUUGUGAUUUAAAAUUUCGUCAUCUUUAUGAUCAUUAUUUUAAUUGUAAUCCAGAGUAUGAUCCCGAUAAUCUCUUAUUAAAGUUUAAUGUUAUAAGUGAAAUACCUCAGAAAAAGGUACAAGUUGCAGAGGUUAAGGAAAAAUCUUUAGGACCUAAUGGAUCUGGUGAAGAUAGCACCGAAGAAUCAGAUAAAUACGAUAUUGUUUACCCGGAU